UGCCUGCUGUUUUGCUGUGAGGCAGAGAACGCCAUUAACUGUAUGUUCUUUUAUUUAUUUGUUUUGUGAAAAGAAGAAAAGAUCUGAAGGAAGGUCUAUUCUGUCUCCCCAUUCUCUGAAUCAGACAUCUCCUAAGUACAGCACCAUCGUGGUGGAACCAGGAACACUCUCCAAAUGCCCAAUCCAGCUGCCCAUCUGCCUUUCUACUAUGGCAGCAUCUCCCGAUCAGAUGCAGAGGACCACCUCAAACUGGCAGGGAUGUCUGAUGGGCUAUUUUUGCUGCGACAAUGCCUCCGCAAUCUUGGAGGCUAUGUCCUCUCUGUAGUGCACAAACUCCAGUUCUAUCAUUAUCCCAUUGAGCGUCAGAUGAAUGGCACCUUUGCCAUCUCUGGAGGGAAAGCACACUGUGGCCCCGAAGAGCUCUGUGAAUUUUAUGCCAAGGAUGCAGAUGGACUUUGCUGUACUUUGCGGAAGCCUUGCAACCGUCCUGACGGCCUGGAGCCCCAGCUAGGGAUUUUCGACAAUAUCCGGGAGAACAUGGUCCGUGAAUAUGUCCGGCAGACGUGGAACUUGGAGGGAGAGAAUCUUGAACUAGCAAUCAUAAGUCAAGCACCACAAGUGGAGAAACUCCUGGCCACGACUGCUCACGAGAAGAUGCCUUGGUAUCAUGGCCCCAUCUCCCGAGAGCAAGCUGAAAGCCGGCUGUACUCAGGAGCACAGCCUGAUGGGAAAUUCCUGAUGAGACAAAAAAAAGAGGAAGGGAGCUAUGCCCUUUCCCUUGUGUAUGGAAAGACUGUUUAUCACUAUCGAAUAAGGCAAGGAAAAUCAGGGAAAUACUCUGUGGAAGAAGGAACCAAGUUUGAUACACUGUGGCAGCUGGUCGAGUAUCUCAAACUUAAACCAGAUGGCCUUAUCUAUUAUCUGAAGGAGAGCACCCCAAAUCCUGAAAUGCAGUCAGCUGCCACUCCAACGCCACCAGCACAUCCAUCUACACUGGCUGCUCGAAGAUUCACAUCUCAGAACUCAGAUGGAUACACACCAGAGCCCAUUGGAGCAGGAAAGAAGACUCGGAUCUUGCCCAUGGACACAUCCUGUUAUGAAAGCCCAUACAGUGACCCUGAAGAGCUCAAGGACCGGAAGCUAUUCUUAAAAAGGAGCAGUCUGAUGAUAGAUGAAGUGGACCUGGGAGAGGGCAACUUUGGGUGCGUCAGGAAAGGAGUUUACAGAAUGAGGAAGAAGCAAAUUGAUGUAGCCAUCAAAGUGCUAAAACAGGGCAACGGGGUGGCGCAGCAGGAUGAAAUGAUGAAGGAGGCCCAGAUUAUGCACCAGCUUGACAAUCCUUACAUUGUCCGUCUCAUUGGAGUCUGUCAUGCGGAAGCCCUCAUGCUCGUGAUGGAGAUGGCAUCAGGUGGCCCUCUGCACAAGUUCUUGUCUUCCAAGAAGGAUGAAGUUCCUGUGAAUAAUGUGGUUGAACUGAUGCAUCAGGUAGCGAUUGGAAUGAAGUAUCUGGAAGAAAAGAACUUUGUCCACCGGGACUUGGCUGCUCGAAAUGUGUUGCUUGUCAACCAGCAUUAUGCUAAGAUCAGCGAUUUUGGGCUUUCCAAAGCUUUGGCAGCUGAUGACAGCUAUUAUAUGGCCAAGACCACUGGGAAGUGGCCGUUGAAGUGGUAUGCACCUGAAUGCAUCCUGUUUCGGAAGUUUUCGAGCAAGAGCGAUGUCUGGAGCUAUGGGGUGACUAUGUGGGAAGCCUUUACUUACGGUCAGAAACCCUAUAAGAGAAUGAAAGGACCCGAAGUCAUGGCAUUCAUUGAAGAAGGGAAGCGCAUGGAAUGUCCACCAAGCUGUCCACCGGAGAUGUACAAGCUGAUGAAUCUAUGUUGGACUUACAAAUGUGCAGACCGCCCAAACUUUGCUGCCGUGGAGACACUGAUCCGCACGUAUUACUACAGCAUUGCUGACAAGAAGGAAGAGAAGUUGGAGGAAAAUAUUACACCGGCAUAGCGAUGGAGCCCAUGAAAAUGGAUAGAAGGUGCACAUGCCACUCAUGUGCCCAUCGCCUCUUGCCAGCUUCAGCCUUUCUGAAGGGAUGAUGAACUGCAGAGUGGAUGUCCUUACAACUCCAAUUUCUUCAUUUGUUUGAAGAAUCUCCCUCUCUCCCCCUCUUUGGCUACCUGGGACAGCAGGACAGUCAUAGCUAUUUAUACUGUGAAAAAAGUAAAUAACUUGAAUGAAUCACAGGGAACGCUCACCAAGGAAAUCUUCGAUGGUAGGAAGGACUCUUUGGAAAGCUGGAUGAGAAGCAGAAAAGCAGCAUAAACUUCUAGUGUUAUCUUGGAUGCAAUGAGGGCUAGAAGCUUGGGGCUUUUUAGAGGCCAUUAGAAUCUUGUUCUGCCAGUUCAGUAGGCUUCCCCACGAGGCCAACGCUAGAAUCAUUGUCUUUAGGACUAUUAUGAGGCCCCAGGAUCCCCAAUGGGCCCUUAUACUGAAUUGUUUUCUCACCCUCUGAUCUGUCAGACCUUUGAAGUAGGCCAGGUCAGGAAACAGAUUCCACAGAUUUGACUGGAACUCUACUUUAUUGAUAUAGGUUGUAGUAACAGAAGCUUGAAAGCUUGAUAGCAUUUUCCCUCCCUCCCUCUUAUACCCAAGAGAGUUAAGGUGGAGUCAGUUUAAAUUUCUUUCCAAUGUUCUCUUCCUGCCCUGGGCUUAAAUCAUGUUUUGCUAACUGCCAUCACAUAGUUUCCCCAAAGUCAUCUCUGAGGUUCUCCAUAUGAUCAGAUCAUCAUUGUUGGCAGGAAUGGCCUGUCUUCUUUUCAGUUGUGACCCCCCCCCCCCCCCCCGUAAUAGCAUCUCCCUGGAUAUCCAGUUAACCCUUUCCCUCCUGGCUUUGCAAAAUCUGUUAAUGAGACCGUGGGGAUUGGAAUGUUGUGAGGGGGCUUUAAUUUGUAGGGCAAUCCUGAUUCUUUUCAUGUUUGUUUUUGUUGCUUUUCCUAUGUAUUUGUUGGAUUGUUGUUAAUUGUUUUGGAUGGGAAUGUACAAAGAUGGGAAUUGUAUGCUGCAUAGGGUCAUUUAGACUGGACUGGCUGAUCAGCCUUGUAAAAUAAAUAAAAAUGAGUAAGUGUGUCAGCCACAUCCAUCUCUCCCCUUAUAGCACCUCAGUGCCUGCUUCUUUGCAACUGACUGCUGGAUCUUUGGGGGAGUGAGUCUGGCAGCUUCCCCCAUCUGUUCCCAUUUGAUGCCUUAGGACUGCAAAUCCCAGAAUUCCUAGCCAGCUGUUCCAACACGGAGGGACAAUUGGAAGGUGAGAUGGGUCACAAGAGAAGGGUAUGACAGUCCACCAAUACCCCCUUCCAAAGCCAGCAAUAUCAUGGCUCCCACGUGGUCACCCCCAGGGUUGUCUGAAGGAUAUGGUCAAAGUCAAGAUGGCAACCAUGAUUUUUUUUAUGUGUGUUGCUCAUGCAACACAUGUAAAAAAUGGAUGGAGCUACAAUCACACUGUUGAAGCCAUCUUGAUGUUUUUGACCAUACUCUGCAGGUACCCCUGGGCAGCAUAAAAUCUGCUAAACAUUGUGAAAAGUUUUAUUCCUCUUUUGUUUUACAAGUGGAACAAUUAUGCUUUUCAUGGAUGUUCUGGUUUUCCUGAUUCUUUUUUGGCUGGUGGUUGGGAGGAAGAACCUCUGGCCAUUUUAAAGGAAUAAUCCUCAAAAUAUUUGCUACAGAAAGCAUCCUAAACUUGGUCCUGAGAAAUGCUGGAUCAAUGUGGUUGUGAGCAUCAUUUUGUAUACAUGUGUGUUUGUGUUUCUGUGCAGAGUGAACCACAGAAUAA